AUGCGUUCUGUUUUACGCUUACAAACACUUCCAUGGAAUCAUGUCCGACCAUCCAUCCGUAUAGCUUCCUUAAAGGCUGGUAUAGCCACAAGCGGCCACUUCAAGCUGCCGAACGCUCGCAACGAGGAGAAUCUGCAUUACGCAAAGUCUUCUCCAGAGAGAGCAAGGCUCGACGAAGCCUUGCGGACAUUGCGCUCCAAACUUCCUAUGCAUGUGCCGCUUCACGUCUCCGGAAUUUCAAGAACAACAAGCCAAUCUCUCACAUCAACUAUACCCUCGGAACAUGCUCGAGAAUUCGCAAAGUCUAGUGCCGCAAGUGUUGAAGACGUCCGGAAUGCAAUUGCGUCCGCGCUCGAGGCCAAGAAGUCGUGGCAAAAGACUCCGUUCGUGGAUCGUGCUGCAAUCUUCUUGAAGGCUGCAGAAUUGGUAGCUGGCAAAUACAGAUAUGAGUUGGUAGCGGCAACGAUGCUGGGUCAAGGCAAGAACGCAUGGCAGGCCGAGAUCGACGCUGCCGCCGAACUUGCAGACUUCUUCCGAUUCAAUGUUUCAUAUGCCGAGGAAGUAUACAACAAGCAGCCGACUUUGAACGCGCCUGGCAAUUUUGGACGGACAGACUGGCGGCCCCUAGAGGGAUUCGUGUAUGCAGUGUCGCCAUUCAACUUCACUGCUAUUGGUGGUAACCUUGUAUCCGGCCCAGCAAUCAUGGGCAACGUCGUACUGUGGAAGCCUUCACCCACAGGCGUCUAUGCAAGCUGGCUGGUAUAUCAGAUUCUUCUCGAAGCUGGUCUACCGCCUAACGUCAUCCAAUUUCUACCUGGUGAUGCAGAGCUCAUCACCAAAACUGUGUACGAACACAAGGAAUUUUCAGCUCUCAACUUCACUGGAUCCUCGGACGUGUUCCGAAGCUUGUACGGCAAAGCAGCAGAAGGCGUCGUCAACAAGAAGUAUCGCGACAUGCCUCGAAUGGUAGGAGAGACAUCUGGUAAGAACUUCCACCUGAUCCAUUCAUCAGCCGACAUAGGCAAUGCUGUCAAACACACUGUUCGAGCUGCCUUUGAGUACUCUGGCCAGAAGUGCUCUGCUUGUUCUCGAGUCUACAUUCCAGAAAGUAGAGCACAGGAGUUCCUCGAACAGAUUAAGAAAGAGAUGGAACCAAUUAAAGUGGGCCCGCCCGAAGACUAUGAAAACUUCUUGGGUCCAGUUAUUCACAGAGGAGCAUUUGACAAGAUUACCAAGAUUAUAGACAAGGCCAAUGGCGACAGCAGACUCCAAAAGGUCUUUGGCGGCUCUUAUGAUGGAAGCAAGGGUCAUUUCAUCCAGCCUUCGUUGUAUGCCGCAAACACGCUUGACCAUGAGCUAUUUGAUCAGGAGAUCUUCGGCCCAGUACUCGUGGCGUAUGUUUACCCUGACGAAGAGUUCGAGCGAGUCAUGGCCAAGAUCGAUACGCAAGGAGGUGGAUUUGCUCUGACCGGUGCAAUCUUCGCGAAUGAUCGGGAAGUUCUCCGUCAAGCAGAAGACACACUACGAUACUCGGCUGGCAACUUUUAUCUCAACUGCAAGACUACAGGAGCCGUGAUUGGCCAUCAAUCCUUCGGCGGAAGCAGAAGCAGUGGAACGAAUGACAAGGCUGGAAGUGCGAAAGUUCUGAUGCGCUUCACUUCCCCUAGAACCUUGAAGGAAGAGAUGAUUCCGCUACAGUCUGUACUUUAUCCUAGCAAUCUUGCUUGA